GCCAACACAGGUUUGGUUGAGAACGAAUGAAUUAACACAAAUGUUAAACAUUAAAGUCAGACAAGAGAAGGUUGCCUCUAGAGCUAAUUUCACAAACUGCGACAGUCUUUAUGGUUCAGAAGAAAUGCAUGAUAACAGUGUUGGAGUCCAGGUUUACUUGGCUGCAGAGGACGGGUUGUAUCUCCAGGUUAUCCUAGGAUACACACCAGCUAACUCAAGCUCAAGCUCCCAGGAUAAAAGUGAAUGUGUUUCUGCCAGUUUUCUUCAAGGAAACGGAAACUUACUAGAAAGAAGAUUUGGAAGUGAUGGAGAAAACGUGAAUUACACGGAGUCCAUGGAGGUUUUAGAUGAUAAAAUGGUAAAAACAGUAAUAUGAAACAAACAACGAAAUGAUUGUUGUC